CCCAUUAGCGUCAAAUCACGGGCAGUGGUUCGGCACCCCUUUGGGCCUCCAACGACCGUGUCCUCGGGUCAGCAUAUCUAUCAAACUCCAUCGUUCUUGUCUAAGUUCAAUCUCCCUUUCCUCUUCUUCUUCUUCUUCUUCUCUCUCUCUCUCUCUCUCUCUCUCUCCCCGCAGUCUUCUCUCUUGUUUAGUAGUUCUACACCCGACUACCAGAAUUUUCGGCCUCCAUAUCAAUCUCGGCAUUUCUCUCAUCAGUCAACGACAAUCCCAUUGGAUCUACUCUAAAAUUCAUUGGCCUUCGAUUCCAUCUUGAUCCGUCAUCGAUCUAUAGUAGUUUCUGCAAAAUUCUCUUCAUUUCUUUCCUUAUCAUUUUGAACAUUGGUUUCUAAUCGGGAGGGGACAAAAUUUGUAGCUGAAUUUUGGGGUGGAUCGAUUUAGAACAUGGGUUUCUAAUCGUGAGGGGACAAAAUUUGUAGCUGAAUUUUGAGGUGGAUCGAUGGAGUGGGCGACGUUGCAGCAUCUGGAUCUCCGGCACGCCGGCCGCAGCUCCAAACCCUUGCAGCCACAUGCCGCCGCAUUUCACCCGUCCCAGGCCCUCGUUGCCGCCGCCGUCGGCAACCACAUCAUUGAGCUUGAUGCAUAUACUGGAUGCAAGAUCGCGUCGAUUGACAUCGGUUCUCCUGUUGUUCAAAUGUCUUACAGUCCCAUUGGCGGGCACUCCGUGAUUGCUAUACUCGAGGAUUGUACAAUUAGAUCCUGUGAUUUUGACAGUGAGCAGACGUGUGUAUUGCAUUCACCUGAAAAGAGAACGGAACAAAUUUCUACUGACACAGAAGUCCAUCUUGCUUUGACCCCUCUCCAACCCAUAGUAUUUUUUGGUUUCCACCGCCGGAUGAGUGUGACAGUUGUUGGAACUGUUGAAGGGGGAAGGGCUCCAACAAAAAUAAAGACAGACCUGAAGAAGCCUGUAGUAAAUCUUGCUUGCCAUCCUCGUCUUCCUCUGCUGUAUGUUGCUUAUGCAGAUGGGUUGAUUCGAGCUUACAACAUUCAUACUUACGCUGUUCAUUACACACUACAACUUGAUAACACCAUUAAGCUCCUUGGUGCUGGUGCAUUUGCAUUUCAUCCAACUUUGGAAUGGAUUUUUGUUGGAGAUAGACGGGGUACACUUCUGGCAUGGGAUGUCUCCACUGAGCGACCUAAUAUGAUUGGGAUUAUACAAGUGGGCUCACAACCGAUCACAUCAGUUUCUUGGCUGUCCACGUUAAGGCUACUUGUCACUUUAUCAAAGGAUGGAGCUCUUCAAGUGUGGAAAACACGAGUGAUGCUAAAUCCUAACAGACCUCCUAUGCAAGCAAAUUUUUUUGAAGCUGCUGCAAUUGAAUCCCUUGACAUCCUUCGCAUUCUUUCUCAGGCGGGCGGAGAGGCGGUUUAUCCCCUUCCACGUAUAAAAUCGUUAGAAGUUCACUCAAAAUUGAAUUUAGCAGCAUUGCUUUUUGCAAACAUAACUGGUGGAGACAAUCGGAAAAAUAGAGCUGCAUACACUAGGGAAGGAAGGAAACAUCUGUUUGCAGUUCUACAAAGUGCAAGGGGAUCUUCAGCUUCUGUUUUGAAGGAAAAGCUUUCAUCACUUGGAUCGUCUGGAAUUUUAGCUGACCACCAGCUUCAAGCACAACUACAAGAACAGCAUUUGAAAGGGGAAAGUCAGUUGACUAUAACAGACAUUGCACGCAAAGCUUUCCUUUACAGUCAUUUUAUGGAAGAACAUGCCAAGAGUACUCCAAUAUCUCGGUUACCUCUCAUUACUGUUUUAGAUACUAAACAUCAUCUGAAAGACGUUCCUGUGUGCCAGCCAUUUCAUUUGGAGCUAAAUUUCUUCAAUAGAGAGAAUCGAGUUCUUCAAUAUCCCGUGAGGGCUUUUUACUUGGAGGGUGCAAACCUUAUGGCAUAUAAUCUCUGCUCUGGAGUAGAUAAUAUCUACAAGAAGCUGUACACCUCAAUUCCUGGAAAUGUGGAAUUCCAACCCAAACACUUGCUUUACAGCAAUAAGCAGCACCUAUUUCUUGUUGUUUAUGAGUUCAGUGGUGCUACAAAUGAAGUAGUUCUCUAUUGGGAAAAUACUGAUGCCAAGUCAGCGAAUAGAAAAGAAAGCACAAUCAAGGGUCGAGAUGCUGCAUUUAUUGGUCCUAAUGAAAACCAAUUCGUAAUUCUUGACGAGGACAAGACUGGGCUUGCUUUAUAUGUUCUUCCUGGAGGGGCUUCACAAGAGGUUGGUAAGAAGAAUGUCUUAGAUGAACAAAGCCAGGCUGCAGAUCUUAACAUUGGUUCAGUGAAGGGACCACUGCAGUUUCUUUUCGAAACGGAAGUUGAUUGUAUCUUUUCAACCCCCAUAGAAUCAACUAUGCUGUUUGCUUCUCAUGGGGACCAGAUUGGCCUGGCUAAGCUUGUUCAGGGUUACCGCCUAUCAAAUUCUGAUGGUCAUUAUAUAUCCACAAAGGGUGAGGGGAGAAAGGCAAUCAAGUUGAAAGUAAAUGAGAUUGUCCUCCAGGUUUGCUGGCAAGAAACUCUUCGAGGCUAUGUCGCAGGGGUAUUAACAACUCAAAGGGUUCUUAUUCUUUCAGCAGAUCUGGAUAUACUGGCUAGCAGUUCUACAAAAUUCGAUAAAGGGCUUCCUUCAUUUAGAUCUCUUCUCUGGGUUGGACCUGCACUUUUGUUUUCAACUACCACUUCCAUCAGCAUGCUUGGGUGGGAUGGAAUAGUCAGGACAAUUCUUUCCACUAGUAUGCCUGCUGCAGUGCUGGUUGGUGCUUUGAAUGAUCGGUUAUUGCUCGCAAACCCUACGGCAAUAAAUCCCAGACAAAAGAAGGGGAUUGACAUAAAGAGCUGUCUUGUUGGGCUCCUUGAACCUCUUCUUAUUGGAUUUGCCACAAUGCAGCAUAAUUUUGAGCAGAAGCUAGACCUGUCUGAAAUCUUGUACCAGAUAACGUCAAGGUUUGACAGCUUGAGGAUAACUCCAAGAUCUCUUGAUAUCCUUGCUAGUGGUUCUCCAGUUUGUGGAGAUCUUGCUGUAUCAUUAUCCCAAGCAGGUCCACAGUUUACCCAGGUGUUGCGAGGAAUCUAUGCGAUCAAAGCUCUCCGGAUUUCCACUGCUUUGUCUGUUUUAAAAGAUGAGUUUUUGCGCUCUAGAGAUUAUCCACAAUGCCCACCAACAUCUCAUUUGUUUCACCGGUUUCGCCAGUUGGGAUAUGCCUGUAUCAAGUAUGGCCAGUUCGAUAGUGCGAAAGAAACGUUUGAAGUUAUAGCAGACUACGAAAGUAUGCUUGACCUAUUCAUUUGCCACCUUAACCCGAGUGCGAUGAGGCGCCUUGCUCAGAAAUUAGAGGAAGAAGGUGCUGAUUCAGAGUUAAGGAGAUAUUGUGAAAGGAUAUUAAGAGUCCGUUCUACUGGAUGGACACAAGGGAUUUUCGCCAAUUUUGCUGCUGAAAGCAUGGUUCCUAAAGGAACUGAAUGGGGAGGAGGCAAUUGGGAAAUCAAGACACCCACAAACUUAAAGUCCAUACCACAAUGGGAACUGGCAACAGAGGUUAUGCCAUACAUGAGAACAGAUGAUGGUACUAUCCCAUCCAUUGUGACGGACCAUAUUGGUGUUUACCUUGGGUUAAUAAAAGGAAGAGGUAAUGUUGUGGAAGUCAGGGAAGGUAGUUUGAUCAAAGCACUUAAGCCUGCAGGUAUGGAUGUUACGGCGAACGGCAUUCACACGCCUCUUGCUACAUCUAUACCUAGCAAAUCCAAGGGCGCGGCGGAUGGUGAUUCCUUGAUGGGCCUAGAAAGCCUUAAACAACUUACGGGUACCAGUGUGGCAGAUGAACAGGCGAAAGCUGAAGAAGAAUUUAAGAAAACCCUGUACGGCUCUGCUGAUGGUAGCAGCAGUGAUGAGGAGGGAACUUCAAAAGCUAAGAAAUUACACAUUAGAAUUCGGGACAAACCAGUUGCAUCUGCGACCGUGGAUGUAAAUAAGAUCAAAGAAGCCACGAAGCAGUUUAAGCUUGGUGAUGGGUUGGGCCUACCAAUAAGUAGGACCAAGUCAUCAACCAGUGGAUCUCAAGAUCUUGACCUGCUUGUCACUCCAUCUGUUUCUGCAACCACUGGAAGUAUGACAGGUCCCACAUUUUCUACCCCUGUGGAUCCUUUUGGAAGUGACUCACUGGCCCAACCUGCCUCUGUUUCACAACCUGGCUCCUCCGUGACAGGUGGUGGAGUUGUAGCUGGGCCAAUCCCAGAAGACUUUUUCCAGAAUACAAUAUCAUCCGUCCAUGUCGCAGCAUCAUUGCCUCCUCCUGGGACUUACCUGUCAAGGAUGGAUCAGAAUUUUCAAGGGGCUCAAAGCAACCCAGUUGCACCUAAGCAGGUUGGUGCUCCUGUAGCUGAUGUUGGUCUUCCUGGGGGUGGUGUUCCCCCUCAAGCCACUCAAGUACCUGUUUCUCUUGAGUCCAUUGGACUUCCGGAUGGUGGAGUUCCACCACGACCUGUGGCUCAGCCCACUGUCCUUACAGGAUCUCAGGUUCAGGCAGCUCAGUUGACAGUCUCCUCCCAACCCCUUGAUCUUAGCUCACUUGAACCCCCAGGAUCUUUUAGUGCAGGAAAAUCUCAACCACGUCCAGAUUCUCCUCCAAAAUCUGUGCGCCCUGGACAGGUUCCUCGAGGGGCUGCUGCUCCAUUUUGUUUCAAGACUGGACUUGCACACCUGGAGCAGAAUCAACUCCCAGAUGCAUUGUCUUGUUUUGAUGAAGCUUUUCUGGCACUGGCCAAGGAUCAAUCUCGAGGAGCUGACAUUAGAGCUCAAGCAACAAUCUGUGCUCAGUAUAAGAUUGCAGUUACUCUCCUACAGGAAAUCGGACGACUGCAGAAAGUCCAAGGGCCCAGUGCCAUAAGUGCAAAAGAUGAGAUGGCAAGACUGUCGCGCCACCUGGGCUCAUUGCCUCUUCUGGCAAAACACCGAAUUAACUGCAUCCGAACUGCCAUUAAACGGAACAUGGAGGUACAGAAUUACGCUUAUUCCAAACAGAUGCUUGACCUUCUCCUAUCUAAAGCUCCUGCAAACAAGCAAGAUGAGUUGAGAAGCCUGAUUGACAUUUGUGUGCAAAGGGGUUCAACCAACAAAUCAAUCGAUCCGUUGGAAGACCCAUCCCAGUUCUGUGCUGCCACACUUAGUCGUUUGUCAACUAUUGGGUAUGAUGUUUGCGAUCUCUGUGGGGCCAAAUUCUCGGCCCUUUCGGCUCCUGGAUGCAUUAUCUGUGGUAUGGGAAGCAUUAAAAGAUCAGAUGCAAUUUCAGGGCCUGUUCCUUCACCCUUUGGCUGAGAAUUAUUUGGUACCUUGCUCCAAAUCAAUUUGCUGCAUGUUUUUCCCUCAUGUAAAGCUCGACACUACAAGUUAGGAUAAAUUUCCUCAUUACGGUUAUUAGGGGGUGGUUGUGUAUGGUGUAUGAUUUCCUUGUGUAUUUAGAUAAGUAAUUGUGUUCCCGUUGUCCUCAUGAGUGUGUAUCAUUCCGAUGUUUUGUAAUGCAAUCCCCCCCAUUUUCCCCCCUUGUUAUACACCUCUUUGUUCUGAGAUGAUGUUUAUUAUCGCUGCUGGGUUUACAGCUGCUUUGUUUCCAGUA